GCUUUCACAUCAAUGUAUGUCAGGAAAUCCUCCUGGAGCUCUGAAACCCUAAGCUGUGUAAAAUUUUAAAGCAGUCAGGAAGAGGGCAUAUGCGAGUCAGCGUUUAAUUUAGAGUUUAUUUACAUUUUUGCAAGAAUAUAUGCACAUCAUAAAUUGCUGUCGAUAACUGAACACAAAAUGCCUCUGCGAAAGCAGUCGAAGGACUUUCAACCUCUGUGGAAGGAAUGGGACCAAAGCGCCCAGAAGGAAGGCCAAAGGAACACUGUGUAUUUUGUCAAUGGUGAUCAAUACACUGGUGAAUGGCAAAAUAACAAGAAAAGUGGUAAAGGGACAUAUACAUGGAAGAAAAAAGGUGCAAUAUAUGAUGGAGAUUGGGCAAAUGACAAAAGAAAUGGCUAUGGAACAUAUAGCCUUCCAUUGCCAAAUGGUGGAUACAAGAAAGUUUAUUCUGGCGGUUGGAAGGACGACAAAAGACAGGGAUAUGGAACAAACUUUUAUAAAGGGAAUGAAUACUUUGAGGGUGAAUGGCAUGAAGGAAAACGUAGUGGAUGGGGUAGGAUGUACUAUGGAGAUGGCUCAGUUUAUGAAGGAGAGUGGCUUAAUGGAAUGCGUCAUGGCAAUGGAAUGCUUCGAUUAGCAAACGAGAAUAGAUAUGAAGGCUCUUGGAUUGAAGAUAAGAAACAUGGAGAUGGAAAAUUUUACUUUUUGGAUACUGGACAAUUAUAUAUUGGAACAUGGGUAGAUGACAUCCCAAAAUGUGGAACAUGUGAAGAAUUUGGAAAAGAUACAGCCACAAAUCCAUCUCCUUAUACUCUGCCAGAGUGUACACUUGAGAGGCCAAAAGAAGUUUUAGAAGAAGCCAGAGCUGCAGCUUUAGAAGGACAUGGUUGACUAUGCCACGCAAUCUAAUCAAAGAGAAGUGUACAUAUAGAUUUUUUGGAAUUUUUACAGUGAAAAUGCUGGUGUGAAGGAAAAAGUGGUUAAAGAUGAGGGUAUCAUUUAUAGCUUACAUUUUAUGCUCUUCUGGUGCAAUGGUAUGUAAACAUUUGCCAAUGCCAUGUUGUAAAUAAAGUGACGAUGGAAAAUCAUGAUAAGUAAAAUCUUGAGUUUAUAAGAGACAUGUCCGUUUUAAGAUUUGAUAAAAUGAUGUAUAAAUUUUUGUAUGUAUAACAUAUUUCAGCUUUGUUAA